AAAGUGUCUAAUAUCAACUUUUUGAUGACUGAACCAAGAACUGUCAUUCUGCUUGACAGUUAUCACUCUGUCGCAUUUGCUCCUGCAGCUGCUGAGUACCCUUCCAAUGUAUCAUUAGCACAACAACCUCCUUCUAUCCCCCUGUGGGCCACCAUGGUCAACGGUACGCUGCAAUUCUGUCGACUUGCCUGGGAUCUCGGCUCUCCUGCACGCGCUCCUAUCUCGGUAACAGUGGCUAAUGAUCAACCUGCCAUUCUGAACCAGUGGGAAGGCAUGGAGCAACAGCAACUUCACACAGUCGCUUCCGGUUUUGUCAAUAAUCAACCACGAUAUAAUGAAUCCAUCAACGAAACACGGUUAUCUACCGCAUUGGACCUCGCUAUCGAACACACAAUCGCUCCUCGAUCAUCAAAACAACACCGAUACCGACUCAUUUUUGUAAUUCUGUGCAAAGGCGCCGAUGAAGAUGGUUUCAAAGCUCGCCAUGGGAGCGAGCAAGUAACUUUUGAUCUCCGUGCAAUGAUGUGCCGGUCAUUCCACGCCUUGAAACACAGAUGCCAGAUACAUAUUGAUGUCCUGCGAGUAUGGCCUUCAUCGACCUCCAUACCACAAGACAAGCCAUUGACCAAAAUUAAAACAGACGAAAUCACCAUGUCCAUCUAUAAUAUACCAAACGGACAGUCGGAUCUGACUCGUGCCAUGGUCCAUCUGGCCCAGAUCUACUAUAACAUCAACACACUUUGCAUCUGCAGGAUACCCAUGAAGAACACGGCCGACACAGCUGAAGGCAGCCAAUCCCCUUCCACCCAGGACGUACACUUUUAUUACGCAUGCGGCAACACUCAUUUAAUCAAUCAAGCUGAACCUACAAAGAACAAACGGUUAUACGAACCAGCCUAUCUAGAGAAUCGAACCUUACGACUGACUUAUCUAAAACGAAGCAAAAGGCCUCCAGCGGAAACGGAAUGGACCCGGUGCAUGCACUCUAUCAGUCCUGUUCAGACAUCCCAUCCUCCAACCAAUGCUUUUAUUGACAUGAUGUACAAAGGCAGUACAUGUUAUCUAACAACGUCCGAAGUCAAGAUCGAGUCACCUACAGUGAAAAACUGGACACAUAUGCUUGGGCAAUACCAAGGUACUGUUUUUCUUUAUUGCCUUGAUAAUAAGCUGGAAGCCGAUUUUGCAACUAUGCGCGCGAACGCUAUGGAAAUGAUGGAAGUGAAAGUGGAAAAUGAUCAUUCGUCAAAUCUGAAGUCAAUUUAUAUACCCAAGAAUAAGCAAGAAUUCGAUGCCAUGAUUCGGUCUUGUACGUUUGACGACUUGGACCAUGCCUUCAAUGCGGCCGAGACAGGCCAAAGUCCUUUGGUCAAAUAUUCGCCAUUGAAAUAUGCUCACUUUAUAUCCAUGACGAAACUUCUUCAUUCGCCGUCUGUCGGCGCAUCAGACAGCAAAACAAUGAAGUAUUUAGAAAGAGCCACGCGAUGGCAUGCCUGUCUUCGGGAUGGCAGUGGGGCCGUCUCUGAUCCCAACGAUAAACGUUCGAUUUCAGAGCUGGCGACCGAUGUACUGAAUACGGACUCGGAAUGCGCAGGGUUUGGAGGAUUUCCUGGACUUGGCUAUGAUCCAUUGCUCGUUUUAAAAGAAUACAUGUUGCUGGACAACGUAUACGUCGAACAGGCCACCAAAUUCAUCAAUACCCUCGUCUCUGAACUUCAUUCGGUACUGAUAGGCAGCAAACUGCCUCCUUACAUAUUAAAGUCUCAUCAAUAUCAGGCACCAUUACUAGCCAAAAAAUUACUAGUUGCGCUGUAUCUGAUCGGGAAACGAUUUCAACACGAUUCACCAACUCACAUGAUGGUUUGUCAAACCAUUUUAACCGUGCUCCGUGAUAUGGCCAUGGCCUCAACCACCGAUAACAACUCAGAGUUUGAUGUGGCGAAAACCGAGCCGGAGAACGCGAUGGAUAUGGCAUGGCAUCAAGCGACUCGUAUUGAAAAGAUGACGCAGCGCGAAAAGGAGGAUUUGGUGCAUGAUGUGGGACCAGAAUCGAAACGUAUUAAAACCGAAGGACCGGCGUUAUUUACCAAUCAGCUACCGAUUCAGCCUCGUGCCGCUGGACGAGAGGCCAAAUCAGGCAUUAAUCCCAAUUUUCGAGGAAGACGAGCUCGAAGCGGUGCAGGCGGUCCUGCACCUCCGAAAUAUCCCAACCCGGCUAUCAUGGUUCCUUAUCUCGAAUCGACUCCUCCAACAGUUGGAUCGAAGCGAGCCGAAGAAGAAGAAGAGAAAAAACGGUUGGGACCUACUAACAGUCUGUUACACAUGUAUUGGACAGCUCAAAAUUUGCAAAAGGAAGGGCUGCGAGAUGAGGAUGACGAAAGCUUUAUUCGCACUGAAAGUGUUUACAGAAACGGGUCGUGGAAACGGGUCCGACGAGAAUUUGAUGGCCGAUUGCCAAGCUUAUAAAUUAAAGAAGUCGAUCUACUAUGCUUUGAUGAUGGGAUUCCUUUUUGUUCAUCUUGGGGAUGGGAAGAAUGUCAAAACGAAAUACAUGUGGAAAUACUAGCUUGCAUUGGAUGGGGUUCAAAUGGACGAAAAUGGCAAGUGCCAGCAGAUCCCCUAUUGUGCGAGGCCCAAAAAAAAAAAAUCUCAAACGCAUUACAUCACGACAAACCCAAAUACGGAAAACAGAUACACAAAUGCUCACUGGCCCUUGCGACUUUACUUUUUGAAAACCUCAAUAUCGGCCAAAAAUUGCCAAAUGCAGCAAGUGGGGCGCCGGAGAUUUCCAAUGGAUUGAAAUAACGAUCA